UCGGUCAACUUGGAACCUCAAAAUUUCAAAUCCGUAUAUUUGAAACGUUUAAGCGAUCAAUCACUCGUACUGACUAGAUACUCAAAUGUCACAUUCAAACCGAUUGGUUGGUUAAAUUGCCGAGAGGCGUUGGUCUUGCAUGUUUUUCCGACUCGGCUUUGCGUUGUCGUCCACAAUGUUCGUACGCGUGGAAUUGAUUUCUUUGAGAUGGAUCACGAUUUCAAUAGCUACAAGUUUAUAGUUCAUAGAAACAGCCUGGUACGGUUCGGACAAUUUGUUUAGACAAAUUUGUUUAUAGUUCAAUAGCUACAAGUUUAGCCGUUUAGACUAUUUGUUUGCUCGUCGAGUUUUCGUUCGUAUUGUAAAUUAUACUUGGCUGAUUCUUUUUCCCGCUAUUUCAUAGAUGAUGAUUCACACGCGCUUUUCCCCUCCUCAAAUAGCUUCAUUGAAUUACUAACAAAAUUAGAUGAAGUGUGAAAACUAGAAAUUUAUUUCUAGGGGGGCUAAGUGCAUUUUAUCCUUUUAAAUAUUUUAUUCAAGUUGCAUAUAUGUUUGGAGGAUGUGUACUGCAAUUAAUUACUUUUAAGGGUGCAAAGAGCUAAAAUACAACAUUUUAAGGGUGCAAAAUCUAAUAAUAUAAAAUUCCCGUUGAGAUAUAUCAGUCGCGGAAUUGAGCGGUAUCAUUCAAAAUCAAACCCUAGAUCGGUCUCCAAAAGGGGAAUUCUACAAUUUUGAAAGAAAACAUUAAUCAAUUUAUGGGCGACUCUCCACCAUCACUCCACCGUCCGCCGCCGCCGUCGUCGCCCGCUGCGCCGCCGCCGUAUUCGCCGUCCGGUCACCAUGGAAGGGAUGUUUCUCUGAAGAUUCAGACUCCAAUGGCUGUAAAUAAAGAAGAAGGAAACUCACAGAUGAUCAGAGGGCGCAAAUUGAAGUGUAGAUAUACGAAUCAUGGGCGCAGCCGCCCGUAUAACCACCGGAUAUGUAAAGGCGGGAAGAAGAGCAGUUCAAUGAAUAUCGAGUCGCUUCCGGACGAAUUGUUGUUCGACAUUCUUCUACAUCUCCCACCUCGAGAUAUUUACGAUUCCGCGGUUUUCGUUUGCAAGAAGUGGCGCAGCGUAAUCCGCACGCGUAAAUUCACGUGCGAACACCUUCGCCACUCACCUCCCGGACUCGUCAUCCAGAGUGUUAAUAAACGCGAGCAAACGUCUUUUCUGACAACGAGGCGAGGCCGAAUCGAGAUAACCAAGUUCGCCCACAACGAUUACAAGUGCUUGUUAUGGACGAGUUGUAACGGUUUGCUACUCGAGUGCGAUAAGGAAAACGAUUAUGCUUCUUACAUUGCUAAUCCUUCGACGAGCCAACGCUCGCCUCUCCCUCCGAAAUACUAUUCUGGUAUGGCGUACGCUGCAGCUUCCACGACGUAUAAAGUGGUCAACUGGUAUCAUGAGUACGACAAUCCCGAAGACCGAGGUUGCGUUAUAUUGACCGUAGGAGUUGACAAGUCUUGGAGGUUACUUCAUACCCAACACUUAUCCCUCGCAACUAGAAUAAUUUUCAACAUCCGCCCGUUGACUACCGAGGGUUUCGUUCAUUGGGCUACGACAAAAAGCGCUCAUGUUUUGUCAUUGAAUGUAGAGACCGAGGUUAUUAAAGAGAUUCUUGUACCGAAAGGCUACGGAGAAAAAUUGAAGUAUUUUUUGUCGACGGGUACUUCUCUAACUUUUCUCACUAACAUCAAAGAGUUUUCGUGGGAGGUUUGGGAGUUGAGUCAAGAAACGGGCAAAUGGACGAAAAUGCCCUCGAUCGACUUGGAACCUCAAAAUUUCAGAUCCGAAUAUUCGAAACUUAUACGUAAUCGUUCACUCAUGCCGCCGUGGGGGUCAAAUGUCACGGUCAAACCGGUUGGUUGGUUAAGUUGCAGAGAGGCGUUGGUGUUGCAUGCUUUUCCGACUCGGCUUUGCAUCGUCUACAAUGUCCGUACGCGUGGAAUCGAUUUCUUUGAGUUGAAUCACGAUUUUGAUCUGUACGCGUUUGUUGUUCAUAGAGACAGCCUUGUCGAUUUUCGUGAAUGUUGAUAAAUAAAUUAUACUUUUAGCAAUUUAA